AUGCUCCAAAACCAACUCUUUCAGGAAAUUCCAUUUUCGAGUAUUGAUGAAAAUAUUUUAAUUGGACAUGCACACAACGCAACCCACACAUCGGGAUGUACUGUGAUUAUGAGUAGCGAUGGAGAGGGUUUUCUGGCUGGAGUUGACUGUCGUGGAGGUGCCACAUGCAGCAGGGAGACUGAUUUAUUGAAAUCUGGAAUGUUGGUAGAGAAAAUUCAUGCUUGUGUUCUUUCAGGAGGAAGUGUUUUUGGCUUAGAUUGUUCUUCAGGAGUGACAAGAUAUUUGUGUGAAAAUCAAGUGGGCUACCAUACAGAUGUUAUCAAUGUUCCAAUUGUGUGUCAAGCUGCUCUUUAUGACUUGCCAAUGUUUUUACAAGAUGAAAUUGACACCAUUCCGUCGCAACAGCAACCAAACAGCGGCUCAAAUAAGGGAAAAUUUCAUUUACUACCUAAUUAUUAUGAAAUGGGUUAUCAAGCAUGUUGCAAUGCUCGCUUAUCCAUUCAAGAAAAUGCACGCCAAUUUAAUAGUGACAACAUCGAUCAUCAUAUUGAAAUGAAUGGAAAUAUCGGAGCUGGAGCUGGAGCAAGUGUCGGCAAAAUUCAUGGAACUCAAACUUCAAUGAAAGGAGGACUUGGAACUUUUGCAAUUCAAGUGGGUGAUUUAAAAAUUGGAGCUCUUGUGGCAGUUAAUUGUUUUGGUGAUGUUAUUGAAAAUGGAAAUAUCAUUGCUGGAUGUCUGAAAAAGAAUAUUCAGAAAAAAGACCCUGAAGUGGAUGACCUUAAAACUUGUUGUGAAUCGAAUGCCGACAAGUUUUCAACAAUUUUUGCAGAUACUGAAAUGGUAUUGAUUGAAGAGUACUUAAAGAGAAAACAUGAUCUCAAUGGAUUUGUCUUAAAGGAUUGUGAUGGAAAUGAUCACAAACAAUUUAUGAAUUCUUCAAGUCAACACGCAAAGGAACUUCAACGAGCUUGCACCAACACAACAUUGGGUGUGGUAGUUAUUGGCAGGAAUGCAAAAUUUGAAAAGUCCCAACUAUCUAGAAUUGCAGCAAUGGCACAUGAUGGAUUUGCGAGAUCCAUGAAGCCCUCUCACACUCUCUUCGAUGGUGAUUCGAUUUUUGUUCUCUCGACUCAUCGUGACGACAGCCAAGAAACCACCACCACCACCACAACAAACACUCCAUCGAAUAUUGAUAAGAAGGAAUAUCAAGCUCCAACCAAUUUAGUUGGAUCAUUGGCUGCCUAUGUGGUGGAAAAGGCUGUUAUCAGAGGUGUAAAAAGUGCCCGAUCAAAGGGAGGAUAUCUCGCCCAUUGUGAUUUACAGUUUCAUAAUAAACACAACUAA